AUGAUCCAUGAUGAGCGCGGGAAGCUGGGCGGACAUGCAGACUCAGGACAAAAGGGACGCACCACGGAGCUUCACGGUCUCCACCUGCAGGCUCAAGGUGCAAAGGUGGCUGUUGCGGCUGCAGGCUGCAGGGCCAUGGCGCCGAGGCGCCGGAUGGUCGCCAUCGCUUUGCUGGGCACAGGAAGCUGCUGGGUGAUUUGCCAGUCUAGCAGUUGUUCGCGGUGGAACUCGCAGGGCGGCGUGCCUUCGCUUCCGUCGCAAAAGUUUCAGGGUCCAACGAUGACCCAUUUCGCUAGCCUGGCCGUCGUUGGCAGCGCGAUCAGGCAGGUGUUCUUCCAUCGACCUUGCACUUCGGCUUCGGCAGCUUCGCGAGGGCGAGUUGCUCGGUCUGCCAGCUUCAAAUUACUGGGACCGGAAGGUCCCACUGUAUUGCUUAGCAGUGCAUUGAUUGGCUUAUCCACAGGUUUUGCCGUGGUUCUCUUCGAAGGAUUCAUCACCAGUCUCGAGGAGCUGCGUGAGGAACUUCCAAUACCAGUGCUGGCUCCCAUCCUUGGUGCACUGGCACUGGCAGCCCUUGUCGCGGCAUUCGGUGGCAAAGAUGGCCUUGCGGGCACUGACAUCAAGUCCUUGAAAUCCUAUGCAACGGCAGGUGGGCCGGAACCACCAUCGAAUUGGCCGCUGAGGGCCGGAGCAAAUGCCUUGUCCGCCGCGAUUACCCUUGGCUCGGGCAAUUCCCUGGGCCCGGAAGCGCCUGCAGCAACGCUGGGUGCUAAUGUGGCGUUUGGGCUGGGUCAGGUUUUCUCGAUCUUUGGUGCACAGGCUGCUGCCGAGGAGACCGCAGAGACUGGGACAUUGACGAGCGAGGAGGACCGCGAGCUGAUCGAGAAGGCGCUGGAGGGCUCCAAGGUGGUGGCCAGCUUGCCGGGAAAGGAGUUGGACCGCUUGUUGAAGUACUUCCAGAAGGUGACGCUCCUAGAAGGUGACACCUUGAUGAAGCAUGGUGACGAAGUCAGUGAUGAUGAACCUGGUCUUUUCGUCACGAAAAGCGGGCUGUUGGACGUCUAUGUUCCAGAUGGUGAAAGCGAGAAGAAGGUCUUCACGUACGAGACGAGCGGGGCCGUCGUUGGUGAGCUGGCUGUGCUGUUUCGAGCUCCCCGUGCGGCUACGGUCAAGGCUCGCACGGAUGCCGUGCUCUGGAGCGUGGACCGUAAAUCUUUCGAAGCGUGCGGUGGUCGUUCCGAAGGCUCGAUGGCAAGGAUGAACCAGAAUCCGGAUGCACUUUUGGCGUCCGGGGCGGCCGCCGGUGUCGCUGCCGGCUUCAAUGCACCCAUUGCCGGCAUCUUCUUCGCUUCAGAGGUCGUGAGACCUGCUGAUGACAAUCAGCUGGACCUGACGACAAGGCUUUUGGCGGCUGCUGUGAGUGCCGCUGUUGUCCAGUCAUUCCUCCCAGGCGGACCAGCCAUCAAGACCAACGAUUUCGCAUGGGAAGGAGGCAACUCCGAGCUGUUGUUCUUCCUGUUGCUGGGCGUGCUGACAGGUAUCAUGGCAUACAGCUACAAGAAGAUCGCGGGAGUUGCACGUGACGUGGCAUCCUUCCUCAAGGAACAAGGCUGGCCCGCGAUAUUGCUUCCAGCUGCAGGUGCUCUGCUGACUGUUGCGCUCUCCGUUGCCGUCAACUCCCGUGUACAAUUCGACGGUUUUGGGGCUGUGAACGAAGUGCUCAAGGAUGCUUCGCAGCCUCUGAGCCUGUCUAACAUCAACCUCGAGCCGCUGCUGCAGGAGCGCGGCUCGACGGGCCUGUUCGGUGCGGCGACGCUAUUAGUUCUGAUGGCGACCAAAGUUGUUGCCACGACCUUCUCCUCUGCCACUGGUUUGGUUGGAGGUACUUUCGCGCCCUCCAUCUAUGUCGGUGCAUGUUUGGGUGGUGCUCUCGGCAGACUCAUGGAGGGCUCCGUGAUGGCACAUUCCGCCACGACAACGUACAUCGUAGUUGGCAUGGCUUCGAUGCUUGCCGCGAAUUGCAGCGUUCCCAUCACGUCCGUGGUUCUGGCGGUGGAGCUGGCAGGUGGUGCCAGCUACGAGGCCACGCUGCCUCUGAUCACAGGGAUUGGCGUGGCACUCUAUGUCUCAGCCGUUCUCCUGCCUGCACUUCUCGAUGGCUUGGACCGCAAUGCCGCGUUGUCCAGGCUGUCGGAUGCGGCCGAAGACACGGGUAUGUGA